AUGGGUGGCGAGCACAUUGAAACCUAUGACGCUGUCUUUGGAGACAUCAUAGACGAAGGGCCUAACUAUCGCAACGUGGGAUUUACUGGAACUGUUAUUCUCAUGUUGAAGACCCAGCUUGGCAUAGGUGUCCUCUCUAUUCCAGCUGCAUUUAAUGUCUUGGGUAUGGUACCAGGUGUUAUUUGUCUAUGCGCUGUGGCUAUCAUUACCACCUGGACCAACUAUGUUGUUGGAACCUUCAAGAUUCGCCAUCCAGAAGUAUACGGUAUCGACGACGCCGGGGGGUUAAUAUUUGGCAAAGUUGGCCGUGUGGUUCUUGCGACUGCAUUCUGCUUCUCGGGUAUUCUUGGGAUAUCGAUUGGCCUCAAUGCAGUCUCGACUCACGGCGCAUGCACUGCUAUAUUUGUCGCCAUUUCCGCUGUUAUAGGAUUUGGUCUUGCCAGUGUUCGGACACUGGGUCGAAUCACCUGGCUUGCAUGGAUUGGGCUGCCGUGUAUCAUUGUUGCAGUUUUCAUUGUCAUCAUUGCAGUUGGCAUCCAAGAUCGCCCUGCUGCUGCACCGCAGAUUGACACUGUCUGGGUCUCUGACUACAAACUCAUUGGCAAUCCGUCCUUUACCACAGCUAUCACAGCUGUAUCUUCCAUUGUCUUCGCAUUCUCUGGUACUCCGGGCUUUUUCUCAAUUGUGUCCGAAAUGCGCAAUCCCCAUCAGUAUACUCAUGCUCUGCUCAUCUGCCAGUCCACUCUGGCCAUAAUAUAUAUCAUAAUUGGCUGCGUCAUUUACCACUACUGUGGCUCUUAUGUCUCAUCACCAGCCCUUGGCUCAGCAGGCGGAAAUGUGAAGAAAAUCUCUUAUGGAUUUGCAUUGCCAGGGUUGAUUGUUACUGCAACCAUCAUCACACAUAUCCCAGCGAAAUACAUAUUUGUGAACGCCCUCCGCGGCUCGAGACAUUUAUCCAGCAACACUCCAACCCACUGGAUUGCUUGGUUCAGCUGUACCUUCGGGGUCACUACAAUUGCAUACAUAAUUGCCAGUGCCAUUCCUGUCUUCGACUCACUGGUUUCGCUGGUUGGCUCUUUGCUUGAGAAGCAGGCCUGUAGUGGCGUGUGA